AUGACGAAGCCAGAUCACGAUUUCAACCGCCGGAUGCCCCACGUAAUGAAGGAAGCAGUUUGUAGGGGAAUGAUGGGACUGGUCAAAUCCCCAAGAGACGCAAGACACGUGUAUCAGGAAACGAUAGUACGUUUGAGUUGUGCGGGAGAUUCGACAAGGAAACCGCGUUUUCAGGCGGCCGACAAAACGGAGAGGAAGAUCGACGCAGAGAACUGGACUCGGAGACGAAGUGCGCUGGCAUCAAUUACAGAGAAGAAACGCGAUGCUGUUGUGAUUUAUUCGUUUCCACGCAUUGCUGGAGUGUAUUUCGACACUCGAGAGUGCGUCCCCGAGAAACGACGGGAGACACUGACACGAGCGCUGCGCAUGCGCCAAUCUCCAUCCCCGACCCUCGCGGGUCUAACAGAAGGGCGAUCUAGCCAGCUUCAGAGUUUCCUUCUUGUUCGAGCAUAUUUCCUCGUUUUCCCCCCCAAUUGUUGCAGUGUCGAAAGGAAAAGUCAACUGAAAAGAGGAAGUGGGGCAGCCCUACGGCAUUUCUCCGCGAGAGGAAGCGCCAACGUGCAGGAGACACGCCGGAGGGAUCAGACGCGUCGCCGUCGGUUCCUACCGCCUUUUAAAGCUCCUUUCUGGCCAGAAAGAAACUCUCAAACUCUUUUCACUACCCGGGCAAAGACGGCACUUUGCGCGCGGAGAGCGGCCAGCGGGAGAGGGGGCGUUUUCCUCGUUUGA